GAUUAUCCCAUAACUUUAUUAAUAUGGCAGAAGACCGAAUAUCGGUUGUCGCUCGAAUAAGGCCUGGAUGGGGAGAGAACCAAAUAGAAUGGGUGAAGAACGGCGAAAGGAAUAUUAUGAAGAAAGACGGCACAGAAAUCUACACGUUUGAUAAUGUAUUCGAUCAGCUGUGCUCCAAUGAAGUGAUUUAUGAAAAUGUCAUGGCUGGCCUAGUAGAUGCAGCAUUAUCUGGUUUCAACACUGCUGUGUGUGCAUAUGGGCAAUCUGGCGCAGGUAAAACCCAUACAUUGACCGGAUCGGAAAAUGAAGAUGGGCUCGUGCAAAACACAUUCCGUGCCCUUUUGGAAACCAUAGCAAAGGCAAGCGAUCGCGAAUAUAUGAUGCGGAUUUCCUAUAUCGAGAUAUACAACGAGCGAGUACGCGAUCUCCUGAGCGAUAACUCAAUGGAUUUGCCUAUAUACGAAAACAAGGACGGCGUGGCUCAGAUUGACGGUUUAACGGAGGAAGUUGUCACAGAAAACGCACAGGUGGCGGAAUUGCUUGAGAAAGCUCAAGACCGUCGACAGCUCGGUGAAACGCGAUUGAACGAACGAAGCUCUCGGUCACAUACUAUCAUUCGCCUCACUAUAGAAUCUCACGAUGUAAACCAUGGUAAUAAUGCGACGAGGUGCUCGGUGAUGAAUCUAGUCGAUCUCGCAGGAAGCGAGAACGCAGCUGCAGCGGGUACUAAUGGACUCAGGCAGAAAGAAGGCGCAAAUAUUAACCGAUCCCUCCUUGCUCUGUCAAAGGUCGUCUCUAGUCUAGCUGACAAUCAGAAGUUUAUACCAUAUCGGGAUUCGAAACUUACCCGCAUCCUGAAACCAUCAUUGGGAGGAAACUCGAAAACAGUCAUUAUCUGCUGUGUUGCGCCAUUUUCGAUCGCUGAAACCAGCUCGACUCUAAAGUUUGCUAAAUUGGCAAAGAAAAUCGUUACGAGACCAGUUGUCAAUGAAGUGAGUGAUGACGGUGUGCUCGCUGGAUACCUAAGGGAGAUAGCAGAGCUCAAGGAAAAGUUGGAGAAAGCUAACAACAAAAAGGACGAGGAGGAGAAAGGUCGAGAGCAGAGAAUGAAACUGGCCGAGCUAACGAAGGGUAUUCUCAACGGGCGAAAUGCGCUUGAAGCUGCCCCUGUAUUGAGCAGGAAGACUAGAAGGCAAACAUGGGCUCCGGGGAACGGUAUGCUUGGGUUAUUGAAUAGGAGAUCGUUCUCGCCACCUUGUAAAAAGGAACGAGGUCUCGGUCUGAUUGAUGAGUAUGAAGGCCAAAAAUCGAGUGAAACUAUUGACGAUGUUGAUAUGGACAUCAAAAGAAGUUUAUCUCGAGCAUCAUCUGAGCUCGUGUCUGAAAAGCGUGAAGUCGAGGUGCAAACCACUGAACCUUAUCCCAUUGAUCAAAGCGAUGAAGUAGUUACUUUGAAGAAGGGUAACGAAAUGUUGUUGCGGAAGCUAGAUGACGAAAAGAAACGUUGCCAUGAGCUAGAGAAUCAGGUUGGAGAAUUUACGGAGACGUUGCAGUCUAUGAAGGAUAACCUCAAUCAGCUGCAAGAAAUUUCGAGCUGGUCGCAUGAUCUGGAGAAAAAGCUAGCGAACGCAGAGCUCAAAAACGAAGAUUUGAUGAAGGAAAAUAUGCAUUUGGAGGAGGAAAUCGUGGCAAUGAAGAUGGGUGCGUGCGAAAAUGAAACAACCCCGGCCGAUCGAGUCAAGCUACUUACACGCAUUGAUGAGCUUCACAGUGAGCUGCGCUUAUCUAAGGAUGCAACAAUGAAAGCCAUGGGCGAUAACAAUACUUUGAGCGACGAAAAUGAACAGUUGCAGCUGUUGACUAAGGAUCUGCAAAAUAGGCUAAGCGAAAAUGCCGAAGAGAUUGUGGUACUGCAGGGUACGGUAGAAAACCUCAAAAUGGAAAUGAAAGCCGAAAGAAGAGCUUGGAAUAGCGAAAAAGAGGCAAUGUUCAGAGAAGUUCAAGAGAUGAGAGCAAUUGCUGCCAUGAGUUCGGAUACGUUGAUUGAAGCCAAAGAUAAAGAGAUUAAUGAGCUGAGAAAAGCUCUCGAGGAGAAAACAGGAGCAGCGAGUGAGGCUUUUGCGAAGAUGCAGGAGCAGUAUACCAGGAAACUUGAGGAGAACAAUGAAGAGUUGCUGCAGCUAAGAAAAAAUAAUGCAGAUCUGCAGGGAAGAAUCGACGCCCUCAUGUUGGAGAGUGAAGAUGCUGGAGAUGAUCAUGAAAUGCAAUUACUGAAGGAAGAAAACAUGGAGUUGAAAGAAGUCAUCGACCACAAAUCGAAGUUAUUGGAGGUUGCCGAGAAACAGAAAAGAGAGCUAGACUAUGCAAAUAUGACGAUUGAGCGAUUGACUCGCGAAAAGAAGGAGCUCGCGGCACGAUUGAAGACCAAGAGCGAUGGUACGGAAGUGUUGUCUUCUCGCUUAAACAAGAUGAGAGACGAGCUGAAUGAGAAGGAUGCACAACUUAGUCAACUGCAGCAUGCGCAGAAGUCGUACGAACUUGCUAAGGAAAAACUAAAGAAAGAAAAUGCUCUACUCACAGAGGCAAUGGAAAAUCUCAGGAGAAAAGCUUUAGCAGACGAUGCGGAAGCGAAAGCAACAAUCCACGCACAAGACGUUAAGAUAGCGCAGCUACAUGAACAAGCAGCUGAUAGCAGGCAUAAAAUCCUCGUCCUAGAUACAGACCUGGCUAUUGCACGGAAAGACUUGGAAGUAUAUAAGAAUACUGUGGAAAGCAUGGCAAAAGCUCAGAAUGAAGCGCAAGCUUUGGCCAGUCAAGAAACUCAACUUAAACAGCAACUUGAAGACAUGUCCGCAGAAUUGUCACUGUUCAAAGAGGUCAAAGGGAAGCUCGAAAUGGAAUUGGCUACCAAAGAAAGAUUGCUCAAAGGGGCGAUGGACUCAAGAAAAGAGUAUGAAAUGGAUACACAAGCCUUGAGUUGGUUAAGAGAAAAAGCUAAGAUGAGCCAGCAGAUUGAAGAUCUACAGCGUCAGUUGAUAGAUGCUACCGAUGCUUUGGAACAGCGCCAGACCACAUCUUCUGAUAGCCGAUAUCGCGAAGAGCGCAAGCGUUUCUUAGAAGAGAUUGAAUCGUUGCAGCAGAGGUUGAAGAAAGCUACGGCAUCCAAGGCAGCCAUGGAGGGAACAUCAAAUGAGGUGGCCGAUUUGAAACAAUGCCUUGAUGCGAGCAAAAAAGAAAAUCAAGUCUUAAUGGAGAAAAUCACACGUUAUCGAAUGCAAAAAAUUAAUGGUAUACAAUACGUGGACGAACUAAAAGAACAAAUCUCACAGAUGCGGAAAGAGAUCGAUGAAUUUAAGAAGAAAGAAUCAUUACUUAAACAGGAAUUGGAACGCAUGAAAAAAAUCAACGCUGAUCUGGAAGCACUGUGUAGAGAGAACAAAAUAACAAAAAACGUCGCAAAAAACCCCUUCGCAACAAAGAGACCGGAAGAAAGAAGGCCUCUUCAAGAGGAACCUGAAUGCAAGCAACAGUAACACUUAUUUGAAUAGGUGCCAAAUUAUUAUAAUACUCAUUUCUGUGAAUCCAGUACUUGAUUCCCGGGAGAUGGUCGAAAGGCGCGUAUUUAUCGGUUGGUCACUAAGGGAAGCGAAAAAAAGG